AUGCCUAAAUUAGAGGAGAUUAAUGAUAUAGAUGAUGUGGACAAUUUUCAUAUGGAUCUAGCAGAGUUGGAUCCAAGCCUGAGAACACCAAUUGCUCCAAAGAUUACACCUACAGUUGUCAGAUCACAAGAUGUCGAUGAACGACCACUAUAUCCAAAUAUGGCGCACAGUGAACAGCAAGGGCCUUCCUUUACCUUUAUAAACCCAGAUACGGGGAAGGUUGAGGAUUCAGCGAGGAUAACGAAUGAAGACAUGGAUGGGUUAAAGAAGUUUCAAAUAUUAUACCCAUGCUAUUUUGAUAAGAAUAGGACUCACAAACAAGGCAGGAAGGUUCCAGUAGAACUUGCUGUUGAAAAUCCGCUUGCUAAGACCAUUGCGGAUGCCUGCCGUUAUUUGGGUAUGGUCUGUGUGUUUGAGGGAGAGAAAACACAUCCUCAAGAUUUCGGAAACCCGGGAAGAGUACGUGUGCUAUUAAAAGAGGAUAAAAAACCAAUAUCCUUUAGUUAUACUACUAAAAGGUUUUUGAUGAGGAGAGUCUCUGAAUAUUUGCAGGCACAUCCUACAACUCUUGAAUCAUUAAAGGAGGUCCCAUAUGGACCAGAAUUUGAUGGUAUUAAAUUACGGCGGAUUCCAAUGGUUAAGGGAUUCCAAAUGAAUGAUAUUGUUCCUUUACACAGUUCAUUUACCAUGGAGCAUCCUAUGACGAAAGGUAUUUACGAAGUUCCAAAGCCUGCCCCUUCUGAUAAACAGUAUAAGACACCUAAAAAUAAAUAUAAGGUGGUUCGCCGUUAA